GGCAAAGAAAGCUUCAGAAAGACCAAGCAAGCAUAAGCAACACGGCCGCCAAACAAUCUUUGUUUAAUUUUGCAGCACAAGAAGAGAAAGAAGAAAAAACCUUGGAAGAAUCCGUACUUGGGUGUUGGUUCCUCAGGAUUCACGCCUUCUCUCUCUCUCUCUCUGUUCAUCAACCAACUUACAUAAAUAAAUAAAUAAAUAAAUAGAAACGUGCAUAUAGAAAUUUGUGUGUAUAGGUUGGUGCACCUAAACCCACCCCACCCCACCCCUGUGAAUUUCAUUACGAACAACCAGAGGAGAGGACAGAGAGAGAGAAAGCCAUAACGAAGAUAGAAUUGCAGACGAGAAGAGAAGAGGAAAUGGCCAGCUCCUCCGCAGCAUUGGAAGAUGUUCCAUCUGUAGACCUCAUGACUGAACUGCUCCGUCGCAUGAAGUGUUCUUCCAAACCCGACAAGCGGCUCAUUCUCGUUGGAGCUCCUGGUUCUGGAAAAGGGACACAGUCACCCAUCAUCAAGGAUGAAUAUUGCCUGUGCCACUUGGCCACAGGUGAUAUGCUUAGAGCUGCUGUUGCUGCUAAGACCCCACUUGGCGUUAAAGCUAAAGAGGCCAUGGAUAAGGCAAAACUUGUUUCUGAUGACUUGGUUGUUGGGAUAAUCGAUGAAGCCAUGAAGAAACCCUCAUGUCAAAAAGGUUUCAUUCUUGAUGGUUUUCCAAGGACUGUUGUCCAGGCAGAAAAGCUUGACGAAAUGCUCCAGAAACAGGGGACAAAGAUUGACAAGGUUCUCAAUUUUGCUAUUGAUGACGCCAUCUUGGAGGAAAGGAUUACUGGUCGUUGGAUUCACCCUUCAAGUGGCCGGACCUACCACACAAAAUUUGCACCUCCCAAAGUUCCUGGUGUGGAUGAUGUCACUGGCGAGCCGUUGAUCCAGCGUAAAGACGAUACUGCAGAAGUUUUGAAGUCGAGGCUGGAAGCAUUUCACCGCCAGACCGUACCGGUUGUUGAUUAUUAUACCAAGAAAGGCAUUGUUGCACAGCUUCAUGCUGAGAGAUCCCCAAAAGAUGUCACUGCUGAGGUUCAGAAGUUUCUAUCAUCAUAAACAGAGGUUGGAUGGCCUCUGUCUCAGAACAAUAUCUUUUCUAAAAUCAAGCAUUCUUUUUGCUCAUAUGUAAUGCUAUACACCGAAGGAUAAGCUGAUCCAUUGAUUUCCCUUUCUAUUAUUUGCAUUUUGAAAAGUGAACUCCUGAAGCUGGAGCUCCUGAGGCAAUACUGAUACUGUUCCGGAAUAAUAAAUCUUUUAUUGUGACAUA